AUGGCUAAACUCAGUGUUCUGCCUGCUUCCAGACGAGCAAGGAGACUCGUGGUCUGGUUCUUGGACUUCCCUAACAGCGUGGCCCCUAAACGCCAGUCUCCACUCCCACUUGAAAAGAAGAAACCAAGACCACCUCCUGCUCUGGGACCAGAGGACACAUCGGCCUCUGCAGGCUUGCUGAAGAAGGGAGAAAAAGAACAGCAAGAAGCAAUUGAACACAUUGAUGAAGUACAAAAUGAAAUAGACAGACUUAAUGAACAAGACAGUGAGGAGAUUUUGAAAGUAGAACAGAAAUAUAACAAACUCUGCCAACCAUUUUUUCAGAAGAGGUCAGAAUUGAUCGCCAAAAUACCAGAUUUUUGGGUAACAACAUUUGUCAACCAUCCACAAAUGUCUGCACUGCUUGGGGAGGAGGAUGAAGAGGCACUGCAUUAUUUGACCAAAGUUGAAGUGACAGAAUUUGAAGAUAUUAAAUCAGGUUACAGAAUAGAUUUUUAUUUUGAUGAAAAUCCUUACUUUGAAAAUAAAGUUUUCUCCAAAGAAUUUCAUCUGAAUGAGAGUGGUGAUCCAUCUUCAAAGUCCACUGAAAUCAAAUGGAAAUCUGGAAAGGAUUUGAUGAAACGUUCAAGUCAAACACAGAAUAAAGCCAGCAGGAAGAAGCAGCAUGAGGAACCAGAGAGCUUCUUUACCUGGUUUACUGACCGUUCUGAUGCACGUGCUGAUAAGUUAGGAGAGGUCAUUAAAGAUGAUAUUUGGCCAAACCCAUUACAGCACUACUUGGUUCCCAAUAUAGAUGAUGAAGAAGGAGAAGGAGAAGAUGAUGAUGAUGAUGAAGAGGAGGAAGGAUUAGAAGAUAUUGAUGAAGAAGGGGAUGAGGAUGAAGGUGAAGAAGAUGAAGAUGAUGAUGAAGGGGAGGAAGGAGAGGAGGAUGAAGGAGAAGAUGACGAAUAGAACACUGAUGGAUUCCAACCUUCCUUUUUUAAAAUUUUCUCCAGUCCCUGGGAGCAAGUUGCAGUCUUUUUUUUUUGUAGUCUGUUUUGUUCUUUUUUUGCCUCUUGUGCUCAGUUGCCCUGUUCUUGAGGUCUCUUUUCUCUACUCCAUGGUUCUCAACUUAUUUGGGGGAAAUACCUUGAGCAUAAUACAAUGGGAAAAGAGUGUCUUCCCCUUUCUGUUCGAAGUUCAUUUUUAUCCCUUCCUGUCUGAACAAAAACUGUACUGAAUCAACACAACCUAGCUCUGUGGGAAAGAAGAAAAACCCGCUCCCUUCGCUCUGCUGGAAGCUGGAGGGUGCUAGGCCCCUGUGUCGUAGUGCAUAGAAUUCUAGCUUUUUUCCUCCUUUCUCUGUAUAUUGGGCUCAGAGAGUACACUGUGUCUCUAUGUAGGUCAAAGGGACAAUAUGGGCAGUUAGAUUUACCAACAUGUAUCUGUCUACUUUCUCUUGUUUAAAAAAAGAAAAAAAAACUUUAAAAAAAUGGGGUUGUAGAAGGUCAGCAAAGGGUGGGUUUGAGAUGUUUGGGUGGGUUAAGUGGUCAUUUUGACAACAUGGCUUCUCCUUUGGCAUGUUUAAUUGUGAUAUUUGACAGACAUCCUUGCAGUUUAAGAUAACACUUUUAAAAUAAAUUCUCUCCUAAUGAUGACUUGAGUGCUGCCACUCAGUGGGAGACUCAGCAGAACCUGUAGGAUCUUAUUUGGAAUUGACAUUCUCUAUUGUAAUUUUAUUCCUGAUUAUUUUUAAAUUUUCUUUUUGUUUCACUGGAAAGGAA